CGAGAGUUGUUAAAAUGGCUGCAAGUUGUUGUGGGGUGAAGAAACAGAAACUAAACAAUGCUAUGCCCGCAGUUUCUUGUAAUGGUGGCCCAAGUCACAUGAAUGGAUUAAAAAAUGGAUACACUGUAGCCAGUAUUCAUAUGUGUUUUUAUUGUUUUGACGUUCUCCAUAGCCAUUUACACAACUAUGAACCACCUAGAACCCCGUCUUUCACGAAUGAAUAUUACCCGCUGUUUGUCACUUGGAAGCUCGGCAGGGACAAGCGAUUACGGGGCUGUAUAGGCACAUUCUCUGCCACCAGUCUGCAAAGCGGUCUCAGGGAAUAUGCAGUCACAAGUGCAUUGCGUGACAGUCGUUUCAGUCCAAUCACAAAGGAGGAGUUUCCGCGCCUACAUUGCUCAGUAUCCAUUCUCACACACUUUGAGGACGGCCGCGAUUACAUGGAUUGGGAGGUUGGAGUGAAUGGUGUCCGUAUUGAGUUUGUGAAUGAGAAAGGACACAAAAAGACAGCCACAUAUCUGCCUGAGGUCGCCACUGAACAAGGUUGGGAUCGUGUGCAGACUAUAGACUCUCUACUCAGGAAGGGGGGCUACAAAGGCUCCCUUAACAAUGAAAUACGCCGCAGUAUACGGCUGACACGGUAUCGUAGUGAAAAAAUCACCUGUAGCUACGCGGACUAUAUAGGCCACCGCACUAAUAGCCACGCAUGACGACACGAUGUACAGUCCCGGUACAGGCAGAUUCCAAUUUGACGUCCAGUUCUUGUGAUCUUCAUUUUAGGGCAUGUGAUCUGUUUCAUUUUAGGACACAUUUUCCACUUCAUGUACAACAGGUUGUCCACAACACUUUAGGACAUGUUACACUGCUCAUUUUAUUACAAAGUCAUGUAAUCUUUCUCAUGUUUAUAUGAUAAUGUGACCAGCAUUAUGUCCUAUUUUUAGAAAUUGUUGACCUAAUUUUUAAAAGAUUUACCAGUAAAAUUCAAUUUAGGACAUGCCAUCCUAUUUUUAAGAUGGAUGAUCCUAAUUUUAGGACUACUAUCCCUGAUUUUAGAACAUACUUCUAAUUUAAGGACAUUGAUAUUUUUGGGAGCAUAAAACCAUUUUUACUCUUUAAAUGAUGAAAUUCCAUUUUACAUGAAUUAAAUGCAAACACACUGAGUGCAUGCGGUUUGUCAGAACAGUUGACUACUUGCUCUGUACAUAUUGUAAUUCUAUAAAAGGUUUUAACAUAAUUAAAAGUUUGGCUCAUAUUUUAGACUUUUAGAAUGUUUUCUUAUGACAUUAUGUUCAGAGAAAAUGUUGAUUAAUGAUAUUAUUAGUCUUUAAUCUUUGUUUCUAAAUUUGAUAUGUUGUGUGUAAAAAAUAAAAAUGAAUACCAUAAAAUAUAUAAAAAAAAGGAAAAAAGAGAAUGAAUAUGACAUUUAAAAAAAGUAUGCUGAAAUAUUAAAUUAAAAAAUAUUAGUUCAGAUUUUUGUGUGUAAAAUGUAAAAAAAAAAUCAGAUUCUUUGUUGGGAGUUAUAUUGUUUGUGGUAUUCUAUUCCUCAGUAUGUUAUCUUAGAUUUAUUCUGUGUGUAUGUGUUGUUGAUAAUAAGUGUAUGAGAUAGAAUUUUACCUAACAAUGUAAUGAAGAAACAUUUUUAUUAUUUUCACUUAAAACCCUCAGAAGAAAUAUUUCCAUGCAUAGUGAUAUACUGAAUCUAUUUUUUUCUUUUAUAUAUAAAGUGGGUUUGUAUUUAAUUGUUGAAACCAUUAAAAACCAUUGUGGAAAACUGUGGUCAAAAGUUUAAUAUUUUGAAUAGAUCUUAAUGAAAGGGAAUUUUAAAAUUGUAACUUUCAAAUUCUUUGUUGAUUUAAUCAGUACAACUAAAGUAUGAGGUAACGAAACAAUAAUCCCAGCUCAGGUCUAAGAAAUUAUCAAGAUUAUCACAAAGAAUAUUAAGAUUUUCAUUUUUGUACAACAAAGAAAUGUAAAUAGAUCAGAACUAUACAGUUUGAUAAAGUCAAUGUAAAGUGAACAUGACUGCGCUGAAUAAAAAUAACAUUUGAAAGCCAUCAGGCAGUAUUUUAGAAGUUAUCAAGGAACUUGAAUGGUGUCAGGCUGUAUUGUGAUUGUUAUGAAUUGAUUCAUGUGACGUGCAUCAUACAUUUCCUUCUCCAUGUGUUUGUGGAGUUAUUCUUACAAGUUUUGCCACCAUCACUUAGAAGUUCAUUGUCCAUAUUUUCUACAUUACGUUUUCUGCCUUUUAGGGACUGUACUUGUUUAGGCUAUUUAUAGAUUAUUACAAUUCAUGUAUACAUAAAUUCAUACUAUUGAUCAACCAGGAAGAUUGCAGGUGUUUGUAUUGCAUUUAUAUGUGUUGUAAGUACAGCGCCAAACCAUGUAUUAAGGAGUAGUAUUAAAAAUAGUGAAGCCGAUUUUCCAUAUUCAGUCUGUUCAUGACUGAUAAAUGUUGGGUACAUUUGAAAUAAGUUGGUAAUAUGAUCUUAAACUGUUUGGUUAUCUGAUUCACAGCUAUUGAAUUUAAUUUGCCUGCUGACCCCAUAUUUUUUUAGUAUCAAUAGAAAAGUUUGAAUAUGUAUAGAAAAAAAUAGGUAAAAAUUAUUCCAAAAAAUAACUUUUGCAUGAAAACAAUAUAUAUUGGGACAUCAUUUUAUUACCAGAGACUAUCAAUUAUAAGGGUCACAUGAUAUCUAGCGGAAAACUCCUAGUAAAACCCUGACAUGAGGCCAUUGAGCAUAAAUUAAAGUUGAACAUUGUGGUUAUGGAAAUAUUUGAAAACAAGCUGAUGGGUCAAAUACCUUAAUGGUACAUUCUGUCAUAUAAUACACCACCUGUGAAUUUGUUGAAUAGAUGUUCUGCAUUUUACACACAUAGGCUUAAAGUUCAUUGAUAAAACUCUUGACAAUUUACGAGUUGCAAAUGUCUUUACUGAUAUUAUUGAAUUGUUUUAGCGUCUUGAACACAUGCUUUUUAUACGCCCAUCUUACGAUGGCCGUAUUAUGGGAACACCCAUGGCGGGCGGGCGGCGGGUGGGAGGGCGGCUCCACAAUGUUGUCCGCUCUCUAACUUGAACAUUUCUCAUCCAAUUUCCACCAAACUUCAUGAAAGUGUUUGUUGGUGAAAUAUCUAGGUCAAGUUCGAUAACCAGCCAAAUCGCUUUAGGCACUCCAGAGUUAUGGCCCCCUGAAUUUGUCAAAAUUGGCCAUUUUAGCUUUGUCCGCUCUCUAACUUGAUCAUUUCUCAUCCAAUUUCCACCAAACGUCAUGAAAGUGUUUUUUGGUGAAAUAUCUCGGUCAAGUUCAAUAACCAGCCAAAUCGCUUUAGGCACUCCAGAGUUAUGGCCCCCUGAAUUUGUCAAAAUUGUCCAUUUUAGCUUUGUCCGCUCUCUAACUUGAACAUUUCUCAUCCAAUUUCCACCAAACUUCAUGAAAGUGUUUGUUGGUGAAAUAUCUAGGUCAAGUUCGAUAACCAGCCUAAUCGCUUUAGGCACUCCAGAGUUAUGGCCCCCUGAAUUUAUCAAAAUUGGCCAUUUUAGCUUUGUCUACUCUCAAACUUGAACAGUUUUUAUCCGAAUUUCACCAAACUUGUUAAAGUAUAAUUUUAAAGAAAAUACUUUUUAUGACAUCAUUCGGAGUUCAUUUUUAGUUUUACUUUUUCUGUGACUUAAGCCUGAUUUAAUUGAUGAACAAAAAUUAAUAACUUUGUUUGACUUAGCAAUGAUAGAUGUGUACACUUUUGAAUGGGAUGUUCUUUGUGAAAUAUGUAAUGUAAUUUGACAACUUAGUCUAGUACAAUCAGUGAUGGUGUCCUGGUGAUGAUCGUGUGACAACAUUACUGUGAUGGGAUUAAUAUGAAAUAUAACUAAAGGUUGUGAAGUAAGCAUGUACCCUUGUCAACAAAUAAAGCCAGUGCAAGUAACUUUACAUGCAAGAAAUGGCUACACAUUAAUUCACCAACAGCCUUCCAUUCAAGGUAGAGUUCCUGACCUUCACUAAGGGUUAAAUACUCCUAGCAUGAUGUAAAUUACAACUCAGAGCAGCUACUCUUUACCUGUGCCAGGGCUUCCAUUAAAAGAAGUUUGGAAGUAUAUUUCUCCCUAGAAAUUGGUUAAAACUUCCAAAAUUGAGUCCUAGGAACAGCAAAAACUUCCAUAAUUUUGAAGAAAACUUCCAAAAUUGAAAGCUUGGAAGUCAAAAUAUCAAAACCUGGUGUCAAUAUUACUUUUAUGAUCACAAUUUCAAUUAGUCUUGAAGUAAAUUAUUUAUUAUAAUAUAAAUCUGAAUUUGGCAAGUUACAAUUGAAUAAUAUUUGAUUUUUUAAAAACUAGUUGAAAAAUAGUGGGAAAAAAUAAAUGUAUAAUUUGUGAGACUUAAACUUCCAAAUUUCAGUGAAAAACUUCCGAAAUUGAUUGACAGGAAGUCCAUACUUCCAGUUUUAAAUUCUUAAUGGAAGACCUGCUGUGUACAAUCCUACAUGCCAUAUGCUCCAGCAAGGGAUGUCCACUGGAUUUUCACUCAUCCUACCCACAACCCCCACAGGAGGUGAAUAUCCCCCAGAACUUGUAUAAAGAAAUAUUGGGCUUGUGAAUGGGAAGAAUUCUUUGCACAAUACAUUUUUUGCUUUAUAUAUACUCGAUUCAGUGCUUUUUAGUCAAAAAAAGAUUUGCCAGUAGAACAAAAUGAAUGAUGGUCAAUGAAAAUCCUCGCAGUUAAAGGCAAAAUCCGUUUAAUCUGAGCUAAAGUGCCUGGGAAGACUACUUGAGGUAUGGCAUGUAUGCACAAUGCAAUCAUUUAAAGCUAAGGAAAGUUGAACUAUGUAAUUUCAACAGAUUCCAUGGCUUUAUUUAUGUAGGGAUAUUUAUUUCUUAUCCUAAUAAUGACAAUAAGUAUCUGCAACCAUUGCAGUAAAGAGUAGAAUUACCACUGAAAGUUUAUGGAAUAUUGUAAUGUAAAGGAAACAUGGUUGUAGACCUAAAUGUCUGCGGGGUAUCACCAAUGUAUUGAAGAAUGUACUGAAACAAUUUUAUGUUAUUAACAACUUCGUAUGCCACAUGUUUUAUAUAAAACAAUAUUAAUCUCAUCCUGCCAGACAUGCAUGUUUUCUGCCUAAGACAUUUGUUUGACAAUAUAACAAAGCAUUAAUAUUCUUUUUUUUGCUACAGAGUGAAUCUUGUUUGUAAAGAGUAACCCAAUUUAUGUUCAUAAGGGGUGAUUUCUUUUGGCACUGACUUUAGACUUGUUUAAUUGAUGUCAUACACUCACUAUACAUAUUUCAUUCGGUGAUUUUCACAACUAUUUUCAUAAUAUAAAUAUUUAAUAGUAUACAGAUAUAUACAGUCUUGGACAUAAAAGAUUGCCUAGAUAUUGUUCAUCUUUGAAUCAAAGUUGUAAAUAUUAGCUUUUAUAAUAAUAUCAGUUUUAUAUGGCUACAUGAAUUUGGUACAUGGAAAUAAUAUGAAUAGCUAAUACAAUACACUUAACACAUACCAGAGUUCCUGAUUAAUGCAAGGUGUUUUUUUUUAUUAGCUUGCAUGAUUUUUGAAGAAAGUGUUGGGUAAUUGAAAAAGCUUUGUUUUCGUUGUCGGCACUGGCAUGCACAAACUGUUACCUUGGCUUUUACUUAAACAUAUUUAUGUUAGACAUUUCAUGACACAUUGGACACCGGUUAGUAGUGACAAUAUUCACGUAUGCCGCAAGGCCCAUAACUCUUUAUUUCACAACUGGGUCACAUUUGAGUUAUGUCCCUUGAUCACUUGAUAAUUAUAACAACAACAACAGACGAGCAUAGACAUCCUCUUACUUAAGUAUUCUAUUCAAAUGAAUUACAUCUCUUAAAGGAAGUCUUAAAAACAACAACAAAUUUUAUCAGCUUACUGCAUUUCAACUUUUUUCAUAGGACACAGAAUUUACAUCUUUCAAUUUAAUUAAGCUGCUUCUGAGAGAAAUAUCAUCAUUUUAUAGAAAUACUUCUUUUCAUUUAUCAGAAUGUUUUUUUAUUGAUUUAAGUUACUUGCCUUAUUAUUGACUGGGACCAGGCAUAAGGUUACAUAUAACUAUUUUUUUGCUCAGGGGCUUAAAAACAACAGUGACAUACUGAUGAGACAUAUUGUUAAUGUUUAAGUUUCAGCAGCACUUCAUGGAAUAUUUCCCAUUUAAAAGUUACAACAAUGCCGAUAAAAAAAUCAAACCAUCAGCCAUAUGUAAUAAGUACAUUAUUUUCUACCGCGUGUCAUCCAUUGAAACCAAUUAUUGCAGUACUUGUAAUCUUUAUUUAGAAUCAAGAAUUAAGCCUAGUUUCCUGAAAAUCCUCCAGUAUUGACUCGACUGAGUACACUUUUGUUUAAAUCCUGAAUACUAUAAAUGGAAAGGAAAUAUAUUUUGGUCAUUUCAUAUUUUGAUAUAUAUCUUAUUUUCAAUAUUUCUUAACAAAAAAUUGUGUGUACUACCUUUAUAAGGUAUAUAGAUAUGCGAAAAAACAGUUGAGUUUGACUUCAAAUAUAUGUGUUACAAGUAUAAUUCUAAACUGUCACACAGUAAAAAGCAUGCAUGAUAGGCUGUUGGUUAUCAAUCUCCUACGCAGUAAUCUCACCAUGACAAGCAGACUAGAUUUCUGCCACCAUGACCAGUAUGAGUGAGUAUAGCUGGAUUUCAGCUAUAUAAACUUUAUAUAAACCUUUUUUUAAUUUUUUUUUUUUUCUCUUUGCUUGGAUAGUUUUUUUAUCAAAUUUCAAUUAUUCAAGGUACUUAAAUAUAAAAAAUACAAAAUAAAGAUAAUUUACUUAGUAUCUAUGGUCACGUUAUUUGCAUGGUGGCAGUAAGUACUGUUCAUGUAAGGGAGGUAACACUGCGUGUAGUCGAGUGGAAACACGACUUGAACAUCUUUUUUUGUGAAAUUGAGGUCUAGUGCCUUUGCAAAUGGUUGGAACAUAUAAACAUUAUUUCUCAAUAACACCUUGCAUGGUGAUAAAUUUCAGUGAGUGGGUUAAAAGACUGAGCAGUUUUUAGUUGUAUAUAAUAUGUUGUAUGCUUGUUGAUGAAAGUGGUCUGAGCAUGUCUUUUUGAUAUUAUGUAUUCUAUAUAAAAUAAAUGCAUUGAAACAGG